CUCACGCUCUCAAGCUGAAUUUUUCCAUUGAAGAAUUUUGCUCGGCAAAGCCAAACAGUACACAAAGCUGAAAGGAGAGAGAGAAAGAAAAGCCCUAUUCUCUGUCACUCGCACUCUCUCUCUCUCUCUCUCUCCACCAUCCUUGGGAGGAGUUUGAUUCUAUUUUGCACCAAUCAAAGACCCCACAAAUCUCUUUCUCUCCCCUCAAAUCCAUUUGCGCAAUGCCAGCUUCCCCUUCCUUCCCUUCAGACGGGAGGGGCAAAUGGAGGAAGCGAAAGAGAGAGCCCCAAAUCAACCGGAGGAUGAAGCCAGAGGAUGAAGACGAAGACGAAGAGGACGUCGAUGACGACCUCGAUCAGCAACGCGAAGACGAUUAUUCCGAGGGUGGGGCCCACCCAAACCCCCAACAAUCGGGUCGGCCCGCCUCCGCCGAUCCCGGCCCUCCCCAAGAGGCCGAGGUCCUAUCCGACGGCGGCGUCCGCUACUGUGACUUCCCUCCGGUGGUCCGCCACGCAGUCAAUUGGCCCCACCCCUCCCUGCUCGCCAUUGUGGCUCUGGAGCGCGCCAAUCAGAGCGGGGAGAGCAAGGCCCAGGGCCAGGGCAGCCCCGUGUUCUUGGAGAACGUGUCGUACGGCCAGCUCCAGUCGCUAUCCGCCGUGCCAGCCGAUAGCCCGGCCUUGGACCAGGACCGCUCCGAGGGCGGGAGUUCGUCGUACGUGGUGACUCCGCCGCCGAUUAUGGAAGGCCGGGGCGUUGUUAAGCGGUUCGGGAGUAGAUGCCAUCUCGUUCCAAUGCAUUCCGAUUGGUUUUCACCAGCCACAGUGCAUCGAUUAGAGAGACAAGCGGUGCCUCAUUUUUUCUCAGGAAAAUCACCUGACCACACUCCCGAGAAAUACAUGGAAUGUAGGAAUUAUAUUGUUGCCAAGUACAUGGAGAACCCGGAAAAGCGGCUCGCAGCCUCUGAUUUCCAGGUAUUGAUAGUUGGUAUUGAUGGCGAAGAUUUGAAUAGGAUAGUUAGGUUUCUCGAUCACUGGGGAAUUAUCAAUUACUGUACUGCUGCACCAAGUCGUGAGCCUUGGAAUGGCAGUUCCUAUUUGAGGGAGGAUCCAAAUGGUGAGAUUCAUGUACCAUCAGCCGCUUUAAAGUCGAUUGAUAGUUUAAUCAAGUUUGACAAGCCCAAAUGUAAGCUUAAGGCGGCUGAUGUUUAUACGCCGUCGUCAUGUCAUGAUGACAAUGUCUCUGAUUUGGACAACAGAAUUCGUGAGCGUCUAUCUGACAAUCACUGUAAUUAUUGCUCUCGGCCUCUUCCCACCGUGUACUAUCAGUCGCACAAGGAGGUUGACAUAAUGUUGUGCUCUGAUUGCUUCCAUGAGGGAAGGUAUGUGACUGGUCAUUCAAGCUUAGAUUUUACACGGGUGGAUUCAACAAAAGAUUAUGCUGAUCUAGAUGGGGAAAGUUGGACUGAUCAAGAAACAUAUUUGCUACUUGAAGCAAUGGAAAUAUACAAUGAGAACUGGAAUGAAAUAGCGGAGUAUGUUGGUACGAAGUCUAAAGCACAAUGCAUUCUUCAUUUUCUCCGCCUGCCUGUGGAGGAUGGGCUACUGGAAAAUAUUGAAGUUCCAUCUGUAUCAUCCAAUCAGUCAAAUGGAGAUGUUCACGGAAGAUCACAUGCAAAAUCAAAUGGGGGUUCGGCAGGAGUGUACCAAGAAGAGGCUGAUUUUGAAAGCAGAUUCCCCUUUGCAAAUUCUGGGAAUCCAGUCAUGGCCCUGGUUGCUUUUCUGGCCUCUGCUGUUGGCCCCAGAGUUGCCGCAGCUUGUGCGCAUGCAUCCUUGGCGGCAUUGUCUGAGGAUAAUGGUUCUGAGAGCCUGUUACAGAAGGAAGGAUCAGGACAUAGUAAUAGGAUGACUUCAGAGAGUUUGCAUGGGAGAGAUAGUGGUCAUCAGGGAGAGAUUGCAAAUUCAGUUCACCAAAAAGACAACAACUCAGCGACGCCUAGUUCAAGGGAUCAAAAUGAGGCAGGGACUGCUCCAUUAUCAGCGGAAAAAGUUAAAGCUGCUGCUAAGGCUGGCCUUGCUGCGGCAGCAACCAAGGCAAAACUGUUUGCUGAUCAUGAAGAACGUGAAAUUCAGAGACUAUCCGCUAAUAUUAUCAAUCAUCAGCUGAAGAGAUUGGAGCUGAAGUUGAAGCAAUUUGCCGAAGUGGAAACAUUUCUAAUGAAAGAAUGUGAACAAGUGGAGAGGACAAGGCAGAGACUUUUUGCUGAGCGGACUCGAUACAUUGCGUCACGGAUGGGAGCAGCUGGGGUUACUGCUUCUAUGAAUCCCCCUGCUGUUGGUCCUUCCAUGGCGAACAACGCAGGUAACAACAAUAGGCAACAUGUUAUGUCAGCUCCACCUUCACAGCCCACCAUAUCGGGAUACAACAACAACCAACCACAACAAAUUCAUCCCCACAUGCCAUUCAUGCCGCGGCAGCCAAUGUUUGGGAUGGGGCCGAGACUGCCACUUGCAGCCAUACAGCCGUCCUCAUCUGUGCCUUCGAAUUUAAUGUUCAAUGCCUCGGGGAAUGCGCAGCCUAGUCUGAAUCAUCCAAUGUUAAGGCCCGUACAUGGUACCAGCUCUGGUUUAGGUUGAAAGAAAAUUUUAUGUAAAUUGGUAAGUAUUUCUAGUUCUCUUUUGACCGUUGCUUUUUGCGAUAAAACCAAAAGGAAAACCUAGAGGAAAUGAUUAUAUGCAAUGUGUCAUUCAUGAUUCAUCUGUCUCAAAUUUUUAUAGUUUUUUUUUAGUAUAUAAAUAGAAGUUCAGGGGCACUUUGUAGGCUUUUGUAUUGGCAUACAAUUAAUUUUGAAGAUUAACUUGGCCAAAGGUGGAAUGUGAUGUAAAAAUGAUGUCUGACGUUGCGAUCGUCUUUCCCCUUUUUGGCCUCCUUUUCCCUUUUUUUUUCCCCUUUGGCCCUU